UUAAUGGCGGGAUGCAGGGGUUGCGAUUGAUUCUCCUGUCAACGCACCUCUUGCUAAUUCUACGUUUAACAGCUUUAGCUUGAAUUUCUCAGGUUUGGUUCAAGUCAGCGACUAAUCAGAAAGUGCCAGUCUGUACGGUCCAACUCAAGCUAGGAAGUAGCCACCCUGCUUUGCGAGCGGAAACUUAGGCGUAAAAGGUCAUAGAAAGUUUUAUGGAGAAAUCACUGGUAAACGAUAACCCGUUGCUUGUACCUCUCAACAAGCAGCAGACAGUCUACGAUGGAUUUAUCACUGUUCAGGAAAGAGACUUCAGGAUGAGAAUAGUACUCCCACCAGAUCGACAGCUCAAGGAGGCCAAGCUGCACUGCUGCUGGCAGCUGAAGCACCUGUUGCGUGGAUAUGAGCGCAUAGUGAAGCAGAGGCUGCAGCAGUCGGCUGAUCUUGUCGGUUUCAUUCUGGAGCUGAAGACUGUCUUGGAAGUGGUGCUGAAGAGCCGCCCCGAGUGCCGCUCCAUCCCGCCUCCGCAGUAUUACUCUCAGCUCAUCUCUGAGAUGGAGACCCUCGGGUGGGACAAGCUGCUCUUCAUUGACACCGAGUUCCGAAUGUUGAGACUGAAAGCGGAGGACUCCGCUGGAAGGCAGCACAUCCUCACUGUUAAACUCAAGUCUAAGCAUCCUGCAGAGACUCCCGAAUGCUCAGCUGACCUGCCAGUGCCACUAGCUAUAAACUGGACAGCACAGAGCACUCUGGAGCAGCUCCACAGCCAGUUCCUGCUGGUUUUGGAGUCCCUGUCAGAGUUCUGGGAUGUUCUGGAUGAGAUUGAUAGCAAGACCUGGAUUCUGGAACCGGAAAAACCAUGUCACUCAGACACCACGAGGCGGAUCGCCAUUGGAAACAACGUCUCCAUCAAAGUAGAGGUGGAUCCCCGACACCCAAAGAUGCUGCCAGAAUGCUGCCUGCUAGGAGCAGAGCAUGUGGUGACUCCGCUGAGGAAUAAGCUAAACGCUAACAUGCACUUGUGGAACCCGGACUCCAGCGUCUUGCACAACCUCCAGGAUGUUUUGGAGAUCGAAUUCCCAUCACCUGCCACCCACGAAAAAUCUAGUUUCAACCUUGAGUGUGGCAUCUGCUAUUCAUAUCGACUUGAAGCUGCCAUCCCUGAUCAGGUGUGUAAUGACCCUCGCUGUGGGCAGCCCUUCCACCAGACUUGUCUCUAUGAGUGGCUGCGAGCGCUGCACUCCAGCAGGCAGAGCUUCAACAUUGUUUUUGGAGAGUGUCCUUACUGCAGUAAGCCCAUCACUGUGAAAAUGGCAGCCCAGAAGUCCUGAUGAGAGGCUUUGUGUUCCCGGCUGCUCCAUCUCCACUUUGGGAAGGAGCUUUGAAAG